UCUUUGUACACACGAAAUGAGAAAAAUCCGUUGUGCUACAUUAAUAUACAUGGAUGACGAAGAGUUAGAAAGGCGUGCCCAACAAGAACUUUUGCAGGAGGCAAAAAGAGCAAAAUCAAGGGCAGAAGAAGUAGGACCUGUGGGAUGGCAGAGAUGCCCUCUUCCAGCAACAAACAAGAGGUUUCUUCACAAUGUAUUAGCAAGUACACUUGAACCAAGGAAAAAGAAAUCCAGAAAAACAGAAAGCUUUGAAACCAAGAAAAAAAUAAAAAGUUGGGAGCCAGUGCACAAGGAAAGAUAUGAAAAAAGACCUAGCAAGGACAACAAAACACCUAGCAAAGAAGGACGCAAACCCAACAGACAAAAUUCAAAUAAAAAACAUUUCAACUCACGAGAAAAUGAAAACCUGCAUGCUUAAGUGUUGUGUCACAAACUAGUGCAUUCAACUUCCUUGCUUAGCUUUCACUCUGUGAUCAUUUCAGGUGGAAUAAAUGCUCUUUACCAAAUAAUUAAAAGCACCCAGCUUCAAGCCAGCCACCUGCUUUGAAUCAGUACAAAAACUUGUUUAAUGUGCUCUUGAUAAGUGCCAUGCUCAAGGAAGAACAGAAUGCUUAAUUUAACUAUAGUAAUUACAUUACAUUAGCAUGGUAGUAGUACAGAAAAAGUGAACAAUUUUUUUUGACACAGACAUUUUGGCUCCUUAUUUAAAGUUGUUUGGAAAAUUUGUGUUACUUGGUUAUUGAUUUGACACAGAGACAAAUUGAUGCAUUAAUUGUUAGUAGGAAAUUACUUUUUUUUUUCUACCUUCUCUGAAGAAACUAAACACUAAAGAAAAUUAAAGUUAAAGUAAAGAACACUUACUAUCAAAUAUUAUGUUAUUCUUACUAUUAUCAUUCAAUCACACCAUUUACUAAAACAUCUCUAGUAAACCCAAGUUACAAUGAAAAAAAUUUGUUGCCAAGCGAAACAGAACCUGACUUUUGGGUAUGGCAAUGACCAAGUCAUCCUUGGUGCCUUAUGGGCUGGGAAGAAUUGAGGACCUGAUGGUCCAGUGCAAGAAGUGGGUACUGCAAUCUUAAAAUAAAUAAUUAAAUUAUUGACUCAGUGAGGCUCACUGUAUUGAACAAUUGACAUCAUUAAAAAUAACUUUGUAUUAAAAUUUUUGAAACAAAA